AUGGAGUUUGUGGAAAAAAUUGUGCCAAGCUCCAGCAAUGAGCACACGUUCAUCAUUGUAGCCACAGACUAUUUCACUAAGUGGGUAGAAGCUAAGGCUUUGAAAUCUAUCACUUCAGCCGCAGUGAUUACUUUUAUCAAGCAGCAAAUCAUUCACCGAUUUGGAAUUCCAGAAAGCAUCACUACGGAUAGAGGCACCUCCUUCAUCUCAAGGGAAAUCCAAGCAUUUGCUGAAGAAUACAAUAUCAAAUUCGUGCAAUCCAGUCCUUACUUUCCACGCGCCAAUGGUCAAGCGGAAUCUACCAACAAAGUCUUGAUCAAUAUUAUCAAGAAAAUGGCGGAUAACAAUCCUAGAGAUUGGCACGAAAGGUUAUCUAAUGCGCUCUGGGCAGAUUGGCACGAAAGUAGAGAUCAACGUGCAAUCCCUACGUAUCGAGAGACAGUCCGAAUUAAGCAAAGAAGAAUACACGGAGGCUAUGAUGAAGGAAUUGGAGCAACUUGGUCCAAUUCAGGCCAAUUCAGGCAAGCAGUGGCACGUGCCUAUAAUAGAAGAGUCUGGCGAGCGGUCCUGCCAUUAGGAGCUGACGUGCCAGAACGUUCAUACCAUCCUUAUGGAGCCCGACUUGGGAAGGUCCUUUCAUAA